UUUAAUUAUUGUUUUAUUUUUUUUCUGUUAAAUAUGAUUUUCGAAAGCUAAGACAAAGAUUUGUAUAUCUUUCAUUUUCAAGUUUGAAUUGGCCAAGUUUAUGGAAAACUAAUGAACUUUACAAAAGAAUGGUUGGACCCAUGAAUUUAGAUCUCUCUCUCUCUCUCUCUCUCUCUCUCUCUCUCUCUCUCUCUCUCUCUCUCUCUCCAUAUAUUUCUCUAUAUUAUACAUAGACACAUAUAUAAUGGUGUAUGUUCAAAUGAGAUUGGUAUUCUACUGCAUGCAGGUGUCAUGACUGCAUAUAUAGCAUUUGGGAAUAAAGAUAUUAAAUCCAGAGCUAAGAGAUUUUUGAGUAGUAUCACAAAUUCAAUUGAGACAGUUCUGAGGCGCAAUGUGGAAGUCAGAAUGGGACUUAUUGCAGAUGGGGAAAAUUCUAUAAACAGGAUAAAAGCAGUCAAGACACUAGAUUCUAUGGCAGUGGCACAGAAGCAAAUGGAAAUGAUUAGGAUGAUGGGCAGGCACCGAAAUGCAGAUAAUAGCAGAUUAAGUACUUCAUCAUAUCAGGGCCCAUGUAAAGAACAACUCAAUCUGACCAGAAAAAGCUUUAAUGUUUAUGAGUGUUUGGGGGCUCCCUUGUGCCCACAAUUUCCAUGUGGAAUGCAUUGACGAGUGGCUCCGGCUGAAUGUGAAGUGCCACCUUUGCCGCUACUCCGUCUUCCGUAACCUCAACCUCAGCGCCCUCUCUAACCUUCAAGCUGACUCUGGGUGCCCUCUGCUAGUGUUUUGACGGCCACACGCUACGUGCACACGCAGCUAGCAGGCCAGAGCUACCUGUUGAGGUUGCAGGGCCUACUACGCACAAUCCGAAUGGAGAAUGCUGGUGGAGGCAAUGAUGAUGCUGGCCUAGAAGUAGCAGAAGAUGGACGGGUAGUGUUAUGUCAGGGUCUGCCAAGCACGAUGGCACCGGUGAUGACGGGUGCGACCAUGACUUUGUAUUAUUUGUGGAACCUAAUGUUAUGUAACAGUUUGAUUGAGUUAAACUUUAAAUAGACUAUUGUUAACUG